GGGGAGAGGUGAGAGCUCACAUGACUCCGUACUUAACUGUAAAAUCCCAAUAUGGCAGCAGUAACUACUCUUCGUACAGUACUUAACUGCAAACAACUUUCUAAGGUGCGGCGCUGAGGGCACCAAAACAAGUGAAAGUGAGGGAGAGGACUGCCGAGAAACAUUACGGCUCGUCAUGCGUGAGAAAUCAAGGAAAAAGAAAGGAAGAACAUGGGCCGAAGCUGCCAAGACGGCGCUAGAAAAAUACCCCAACACCCCUAUGAGCCAUAAGGAAAUUUUGCAUGUAAUUCAAAAAGAAGGUUUGAAGGAAAUAAGUGGUACAUCUCCUCUUGCCUGUCUAAAUGCUAUGCUACAUAUAAAUUCUCGAGGGGAUGAAGGAAUUUUCUAUAAGGUGCCUGGUCGAAUGGGAGUCUAUGCUCUGAAGAAGGACGGUGCAGACGGGGUGACAGAACUGUCAGAAGGGUCUGAAGAGAGCAGUGACAGCCAAUCAGAUUCACAAAGUACAGAGAACAGCAGCAGCAACAGCAUCAAGGAAGUGAAGAGGUGCAGGUGGACAAGGAAAGUUUCUUCACGAUUGUCAUCUCAGCCAUCCUCCCCUCAGUCUGGCUGCCCUUCUCCAUCCAUCCCAGCAAGUAAAGUUAUUUCUUCAUCACAGCAGCAUAGCAAGAAGGCUGUCAAGCAGGCCUUAAAACAGCAGCAGCAACAGAAGAAACAGCAACAGCAACAACACAGGAGAGCAGGGAUGCCAGUUUCUACAAACCAGCAUAUCAUCUUAAAGACAGUCAAAGCAGCAACUGACCAGGCAGCUUCAAAAACUGGGCAGCUGAAAAGAGCAAAAUGUGCAGAGAUUGAUGUUGAGACACCAGACUCCAUUCUAGUGAAUACAAACCUACGAGCACUGAUAAACAAGCACACAUUCUCAGUUCUCCCAGUGGAUUACCAACAGCAGCUGCUUCUGUUGUUGCCUGAGGUGGACAGGCAGGUAGGUGGAGAUGGUUACCUGAAACUGAAUAGUUCUGCUCUCAACAAUGAGUUCUUCACUUCUGCUGCCCAGGGAUGGAAACAGCGACUAGCUGAAGGUGAGUUCACUCCGGAGAUGCAGCAGAGGAUACGUCAAGAGACUGAGAAGGAAAAAAAGGUGGAGCCUUGGAAAGAGCACUUUUUCGAAAACUACUAUGGCCAAAAUUCUGGUCUCACUGUUGAAGAUUCCAAGCAACUAACAGCUGCAGACAGCAACACUGAGGAGUUUAACAGGACUCUGGUGGAACACCACAGUCCUCAAGCAUCAGUGCUGAGUACAAAAGAAACUUACAGUCCUCAAGUAUCAGUGCCGAAUGCAGAAGAAACUUACAGUCCUCAAGUAUCAGUACCGAAUGCAGAAGAAACGUACAGUCCUCAAGUAUCAGUGCUGAGUGCAGAAGACACUUUCCUCAGUACCAUUUCAAGUACUGACAGUACUGAGCCUAACUCAGAUGAGUGCUGUAAAGAGAAAACAGAAGAAAUAGUUCAAAAGUCAUCAGUUGAGACAGCUGAAGAGCAGGGAGCAGAGACCCUGAAUGAACAGACAGAUAGUCUGAGACCAUCAGUCAUAUGUAUUUCCGAAACUGCAGUCUCAGAAGUUGUAGAUCUGCCUGAAGAGAAAGUUGAAGCUCUAAAGCCUGAAGAGUAUGGAUCCUCCAGUUCUGAACUGUGUAAAGAGUUAAAGACCAGUACAGAGGUCACAGAGGUGAACAAGGAACUGGACAGUUCAUUCUCUUCAGUGGAAGACUUCCUUUCAGAAAGUCCUGGAAAAACUGAAAACGCAGAAAGUGAGGUACCAGCAAAAGCAGAGGAUAAGUAUGCUGAUCUGCACGAUGUGGAGAAGGGAACUGUGGCACCUGACCAAAUAGGGGUCAUCACAGAAGGACUUAAAAGGAAGUCUAGCAGUCAGGAAGAGUCACUACCUAGCCCUGAGAAAAGACCCCGUGUUCCAGAGGAGCAGCAGAAACAGUUAUUUCAGACUCCAUCAGCUUCCUUUCUUCCCAUCAAAGAACAGACAACAGAACAAAAGGUACCACCACUCAAGAUUCCUGUUUCACGAAUUUCAUCCACAUCAACAAGCCCAUGCCAGGUCUCAACCUGGCCUCCUUUUCCAGCCCCAGUUACCAGUCCUGGGAGAACAGGUGCCAGAACACUGGCAGACAUCAAAGCCAAAGCUCAGCUUGCCAAGGCCCAGAGAGCUGCAGCUGCAGCAGCUGCCGCAGCAGCUUCUGCUGGGCGGACAAUCCCUGGUCCUGGUCCAGGAGGAGGAGCAGGGAUUCCUGGAGAAGAGAGGACUAGUCCAGCCAGCAGUGAUUAUGAAACUGGAUGGAGAGGGAGUGUACUGGAACUUCCAGGAACUGGAAGCAGGGGAAGUGCGGGAGGAGCUAUUCCCUUUCAUACAGAGGCUCCACCCAGAACAGCAACACAGAGCAAAACCCAGAUGUCAUCUGACAGUAGCCCUGGAACACAAUUACUGCAAACCUCUGUACUGCAGUUCAGAGCUUCAGCCCCUGAAGGAUUUGCUACAUCUGUCAGACAAGCAGAAGAACCAACAUUAACAGUGACAGCCAGUGAUGUGACUACUACUGUAAAACUGGCAACAAUGGGAGUAAUGGAUCAGAAUGCCUCACAAUCUAAUUUUGUUGCAUCUCAGUAUGUUACUGAUCAUAUAUCUUUAAAGCAAGAAAAUCUAACAAGAACUGCAGCAUGUUUAAUAACAUCAACAACUGAAUCCUCAGGAACUUCUAGGAAUGACAAAUUUGUUUUUGUAACUGAUGCAUCUAACAGAGAUGCUAUUAGGAAUCUAAGUACAGCAACACCCAAAGCUGCUGUUGCACUACCUGCUUUAGGGGCAAGUAGUGUAAUUGUGACUUCUGUUUCAGUGAUGCCAGUUACUUCUCAGGCAAAUGUUACAGUCAUUUCUUCUCUACAGGCUCCAGCAUGUAGCACUUUACCAGUGGUAUCAAGCCUUAAUACUCAAGGAGUUCCCUCAUCUGGGAGCAGGCCCACUGUGAGGACAAGUGCCAGUAUACCUGCAAAUAAUCCACUGGUUACUCAGCUGCUUCAAGGAAAAGAGAUACCUUUGGAACACAUUUUGCCUAAACCUUUCACCAAAUUAGAAAUGCAGUCGACUCCUCUCUCAUCUUCUGAGAAAGAAAAGAUGCCUAUUACAGCCACCUUGUUGAUGCCAGUGACAGUUGAAAACAGCACUCGAGGACUCCCCAGGGAGAGGCAACCAGACCCAUUCUUACUGCCAUUUUACAAACCUCUCUCUCAAAAUGGAGAGCAGCUGCUGCACCAGAGGAGUGCACCACUUGUAAUGAGAGGACAGGGAAGGACUACCAUUCAACAGUCUCAGAGCAAGCAAGAGAUUGCUGGCAAGCUAACUGAUGACCAGAUACUCCAUACUUUUUUCAGAAAAGUUCAGGAUAGGUAUCCUUUGCCUAGUUUGCAGCCCACAGUACAUGGGCUUAAUAGUAUAGCACUGCAGUAUGAGGAUACAUCUGCCAGUCCAAGGUUCAUAUUGGGAUUUAUGGGACGACGAGCAUCCGUUAAGCCAGCAGUGUCUGGUCAUUAUCUUCUCAAUAUUUCCACCUAUGGUAGAGGCUCAGAAAGCUUCAGACGGACCCGUUUAAUGAGUACUGAAAUGCUUGGUGGAGUAAGUGAACCAGCUGAUGUACCCAAAACUGAACAUAGAGAGUAUGAAGUAGACACUGAUGGAAGUAAUUGCUCUGUAUCUGAUGCAGAAGAUGCAGAAACCAUGAGUGAACAUGGCCCUGUUGUCAUGACAACAGAAGAGAAAACAUGUGAGGAUUCUGACAAAGAAGGUCCAGAAUUUCACACAAGAGACAGUGCCUUGGAACAAACCAUCAAGAAUGAAUUAAGAUUAAACUCAACGACACUUACACAAGAAACAGUUGAGAAAAAAGUAAUUUCUGGUGACUCACAAUAUGACAGCACUGCUCUGGCCAAAGAUUUGAUACAUCUGGCACAAGCCAGCAUGUCAAAUGUAUUAAGUGGACAUAUGAUGCAUGGUGACUCAGAACUGUAUAGGACAAUAAUGCCACCUACGGAUGCUCAUCAGCAUUGCCAGAUGAUGUCACAGCAACAGCAACAGCACAGGUUAUAUGGAAAUCCUAAUCAACUAACUGGACCUGUAUAUGGAGGCACAUUUAAUGUUUCUACAUCUCCUGCUAUGAAUCACAUGUCCUCCUCGUCCAAACUGGGGUAUGGUCAAGUUUCUAGCAAUGCUGGAAAUGUGAUGUUCUCUGUGACUGUUACAGCUAUCCCUGCCAAUCCGACAGUAAACCCAAACCAUGAUCAGUCUAUCUCAGUGCAGGCUUUUACAGAAGAUGGAAGUAUGGGAGACCCACCUUCUAAAUGUUGUUGCAGAUUAAAAGCCAUGAUAAUGUGUAGGGGGUGUGGUGCUUUUUGCCAUGAUGACUGCAUUGGCCCUUCCAAACUUUGUGUCUCCUGCUUAGUGGUACGAUAAUCCAGAACUGUUUUUUUCCUUUCCUAUUUUACUCAUGCGCACAAACACUGACUGGCAGGCAGACACAGACAUGCACCCACACAAACACACAGCUUCAUCAGAAAUAAAAGCAGUAUGUAUUUAAAGCAACAGCACCUUAUAAUAGAUUUGCUUUUAAUAAAAUAUGUGAACUGUGA